UGGUUGUAUGUAUGUGUAUUGUGAAUGUGUAGAGAGUUAAUUGAGAUGGUAGAGAAGUAUGGAGUGAGGAAGUGGUCUCAAAUUGCAGAGAUGAUGGAGGGAGGAAGGAUAGGCAAGCAGUGUAGAGAGAGAUGGCACAACCAUCUUAGGCCUGAUAUCAAGAAGGAUACAUGGAGUGAGGAUGAAGACAAGAUACUAAUCCAAACCCAUACAGAAGUAGGAAACAAAUGGGCAGAGAUCGCAAAGAGGUUGCCAGGAAGAACUGAAAACUCCGUCAAGAAUCAUUGGAAUGCAACAAAAAGAAGGCAAUACUCAAAGCGAAAAUGCCGAACCAAAAACCCAAGGCCUAGCUCUCUUCUUCAGAACUAUAUCAAGAGCCUCAACUUGGAUGGAAAAUUCGACAUUAACGCAAAAAAUGCUCUGGCCACUGAGAAGUUUGAAGAGUGUAGCAUUCUUCUUGAUCAGAUGCCUUGUCCUCCUGUGGAUGAUGAGAAAAGCUUUGAGAUGGAGGAGGUGCCAUUGGAUCGUGUUCAUGUGGCUUCUUUCAUGAAGCGUGAAGUGAAGAAAGAGAAGGAUUUGAUGGAGAUGAUCACCCAAGUCAAUCUCUAA